AUGCUUGAUGACAUUGAAUUGAUUUACAUGAGUGUGAAGAUUCUUACGUUCUGGUCCUUUUUGUACGAUCGAAAUUGGCGUCGUUAUGCUACUCUUAUACCCACAACUUUCUUGGUUUUCACUCAGUUCUACUACAUGUUUAUGACCCAUGAGGGCAUUGAUGCCAUUAUACGCAACUCAUACAUGCUAGUCCUGUGGUUUAAUACCAUUCUAAGAGCCUACAUUUUAAUCAAGGAUAAUUCCAAGUAUCAGAGAUUAAUUAAGGAUUUGGAAAACUAUUACUACGACCUGCAGAGGUCCAAUGAUCCUUAUGUGAACGGCCUUCUAACCGAAGCUAAUGCAAGUGGCAAACUUAUGUCUCGAGGCAACAUAUUCCUGGGCUUACUUACCUGCAUUGGCUUUGGCCUAUAUCCCUUAUUUGCUACUGAACGGGUUUUACCAUUUGGAAGUAUUAUACCCGGAGUCAAUGAAUACAAAUCACCCUUCUAUGAGUGCUGGUAUGCAUUCCAAAUGAUCAUUACACCAAUAGGCUGCUGCAUGUAUAUACCCUACACGAGCCUAAUUGUUUCUUUCAUUAUGUUUGGCAUUGUCAUGUGCAAGACGCUGCAAUAUCGUUUAAAGGCAUUGAAACGAUUUUCCGACAAUUCCAAAAUGAUCCAUGACGAAGUGAUUGCUUGUAUAAAGUAUCAGAAAAAAAUUAUCGAAUACAUUAAAACCGUCAACAGUUUAACCACGUUUAUAUUCCUCUUGGAAUUUAUUGCUUUUGGAACACUACUCUGUGCUUUAUUGUUUCUUUUAAUGUUUGUGGAUUCUGCAGCCCAGGCCAUUAUUGUGUAUGCCUACAUAACUAUGAUAUUUAGCCAAAUUCUGGCCUUGUAUUGGUAUGCCAACGAGCUGACGGAGCAGAAUCUAAAAAUUGCUGCUGCUGCAUAUGAAACAGAAUGGUUCACAUUUGAGAUACCAACUCAAAAGUCUAUUCUACUGCUGAUAUUGAGGGCCCAGAAACCAAGUUCGAUCAAAGUUGGAAAUAUUUAUCCAAUAACAUUGGAACUAUUUCAAUCCUUAUUAAAUGCCUCUUAUUCAUAUUUUACACUUUUGAAGCGCGUAUAUGGCUAAAGUCAACCGUGAUGCACUCAAGAGAAGAAUUAAUGAAAGUGUUAAAAUCCGAAUGGAAAAAUAAGUUCCAUUGGUCAUGCUUGGAGAUCUAUUGUUUUAUAAGAAUUAAUUACUUGUUAUUAUAAAGAAUAUAAACACUACUCGUAUAUUAUUUAGUUGCACUAA